AUGAACAACAUAUAUAUUUAACAAAUAAUUAUAAAUUAUAAUUAAUUUUUAAUGUACGAACAAGAACUUCCAUCCAAUUUAGACGACUUUCCUAAUUAUAAUCUUAAGCAAUCAACUGAAUCAGAGAAAGUCGUUGUAGAUGAUGAUCAAAAGAAAAAAGCUGCCUAUCAAUUCAUGCAAUCUUUGGAAAAGAAUCUCAGAACCAAGAUAAGCAGUCCUCAACAACGAGUGCAAACAUUGGCUGUGUCUCUUGAAUUGUAUGAUACAAUUUUCAAUAAAAUUUAUUGCAAUACACUUUAUAAGGACACCCUAUUCCCAUUGGCUGAAAGUUUGGAAGAGGCUUUCAAUGACGAAUUUGACUCGAUUACCAAAUUGCUCUUCAAUGAGAGUUGCUAUAGACAUGCAUUCUAAAGUGUGCAACAACAAUUCAAUUUGCAAACUUCAAUAGAGUCAUGGCAAAAUUACUAAUUGCUCUUUGCAGCACUCCAAUAAAAGCAAAACAUUGAUCUUCCCCUCCCUCCAAGUUGGAUUUGGGACAUUUUGGAUGAAUAUGUAUAUCAAUUUUAUGUGUCCUCCAGAUGGAGAAAACUAUUGAAGAACGACGAAAUUACUCAAGUGAAAAACAUACAGGACUAUUGGAAUCUGGAAGAGAUACUCAAAACCUUAGAGGCAUUCUAUUCUCAACGAAAUAGUGCAGUCUAAAACACUUUCCAAUACUUGGCCUAUUAUUCCUAUUUAGCCACAGCCAAAUUGCAAGUGAUGUCUGGUAAUUUUAAUGCAGCUUACACUAUGUUGUCAUAAAUUCAACACUCGGAAUUGAUUAUUUACAGCAAAUCAGGUGGAGCCUAUUAAUCAUUGUUCAGCUAUGCAGGAUUCUGCUUCUUGUUGAAUAAAGAAUACAAGAAAGCCAAUCUUACCUUAACCUUGAUUGUUAAUUACUUCAAUAAAUAUAAAUAGUUAUAUACAAAAUCCUAUCAAUAUGAUAGUUUAAUCAAAUAGCAUGAGAAAAUAUUGGCAUUGUUGGCUGUUACAUCUAUAUUUUACCCUGAACUUGAAGACAACAUUAUCACACUUUUAAAGGAGAGCAGGAACAAAUUAUUUGAAAAAUACGAAAAAAUAUUGAAGUAUGAUCAAUAACUCAUUGGAGAAGUCUUUUUGCAAUCUUGUCCAAAGAUUAUCAACACAAUCAAGAACAUCAAAGAGUUCCAAACUGAAUAGGAACUUAAUCCCAAUGAAACCAUCAUAGAAGUGAAGGACAAGUUAUUGAAGGAAAUCUUGGAGGCCAAGAGAAUUAAUGAUGUUGAACAAGUAUUGAGUCUCUACAAUCAAAUAACAUUUGAGCAUUUCAAUAAGUUGCUACCCUAGAAAUAUGUUUAAUUGUAUAUUGACAGAAACAGUGUCGCAUUAAAUGAAAAUUCCUUUGAAUCAACUAUUCUUAGCAAAUUUUGGUAGAAAUCUAAAUUGUUGGAAAUUGAGAUUAAGAACAAUAUAAUCCAUGUCAAGGAAGUUCAAGUAAACUAGAGAGACUUCAUCAAUUAAUUAGCUUAGAUGAAUGCAAGUCUUGAGAAAAACAUCUAAGAGUUGAGUAAGAAUUUGUGAUGUGUGUUGUUGAAAUUAUAAAAAGUAUAUUAAUAUAUUUUUAAUAAUUGUAGAUUCUA